UUUGUUUCUAAGGGAGUCACAGACUUUCAGAACUUACUGGCGAUAUGGCGCAAGUACAACGGCCAGUUACAGGACGCAAAUGUAAGUACAAAUGGAGCUGUGAAGAGAGUAAAGUUAAUCAACUGAUUAAUCAAGGGAUUAUGGGUUGUAUGUUGUUCACUUGCUGGGGCUACAUUAUUGGUGAUAGAGUGAUUACAUGACUAAAAUAAAGCGUUCAUUGAUCACGCGAGGAUUUCGAGUGCCGUUUCUGUCUGAUUUUUACGUCUUAUCGGUGUUACCUCAACACCACCACUACCGACACAAUCAUCAUUAUCAUCAUCAUCAUCAGUGACAUUAUCAUCAUCAUCUGCAUCAUCAUCAUCAUCAUCAUCAUCAUCAUCAUCAUCAUCAUCAUCAUCAUCAUCAUUUUAAAAAAAUGCUCGUGAGGUCGUGUAUUAUACAGGAUGAAAAACAAUAUCAUCUCAGUUGAAAUAAACAUCUACGAUAAUUCUGUAUGCGAGAUUCAAUAGAAAUAAAACGGAUUUAACAUCCAUAAAAAAAUGGAAGGCAAACAAUAUCGAAUUCAAAUGUCUUAGAACAGGGUAUAUUUUGCGUGAUGUUCAGGUAGAUGGAGUAGCUAGUGUGCAGUGUCUCAAAAGUACUGCCUUGACAUUAUGUGUGAGGAGUUUAUCACUCAGGCGUGUGUAAGGGUGGAAUCGCACUGUAGCAGAUCUCACUUGUUUGGAAAUUGUGGAUUUGUUUUACGUUAUUGAUGUUGGUACUUCGGUACCCUGUCUUGAGUACGAGCAGGAGUAGUCACUGUGGUCUUUUACAGAACCUUUAACUGCCUGAUUCUUGCUUUUUUUUCUUGUGCAGAGCUCUUACUAUGGCUAUUAUCAAGGUGGUGGAGCCUGCUCUUUCGACCCAUUGACCACAGAAUACAGUCACCUUGGAUGGCUAAAGGUAGCGGCCGGAGAUGGAGAGUUUCAAAAGUCCCUUGGCUGUGGUAUGUGCGUAGAAAUUAAAGGUCAAGGGAUUCUAGCCGAUCUUGCUCGCAGAGGAAAAAUUUCCAAAACACCAAUCAUAGGGCCGAUAUAUGCAGUUGUAAUUGACCGCUGUGGUAAUUGUAAUCAAGGUAUGCAACUGACAUAGUUAUCAUUAUUAUUAUUAUUGGUCAGGAGAGUUUAACCAUCACGUGUACGGCAAACGGCAAACGUCAGAUUCAAGUUGAGAAUUUCUCAAAAUUGAAAAUGAGCAGAUAAAAACAGCUCAAAACAAUUCUUAUGGAUGAAAGAUUGAGUGAAACUACUAAUUUAUGUGUUCAAAUAACGAGCAGUAAACGACAAGUAAAGGGGAAACUUGGUCACGUGGUACAAAUUCGCGUUUGCCAUUAGACGUAAACGUGAUGCUUAACCUCCCUAUUGUCGCGCAAGACAUUACGAACAUUAGAGCAUGCUUAAGAAAUAACUAAUUAAAAGAAAUAAGCCUCUUUUGCUCCUUCCGCAGUCCUGUUAGAAAAGCUUCCGCGAUUCCCAAUAUUUAUGAACUCUAACAGAUCCUUCUUUACAAUCAAGCUAUAAUUAUAAAUGGGUAGUUUAACGAAAGAGAGGGAGGAAGAGUUGAAUGGUAUGGCGAAGGAAAUAUCCCUGAGCUCUCGUAAACGCCUUGCGUCGACAGCAGGUCGCUUGCAGGCUUAUGACAUAUCAUUUUGUGGAAUAAAAGGAUAUUUUUGUUAUUUUUAUUUCUGCCAAGAUAAUGCUUGAAAGAUGCAGGAUAAAUUUAACUCAAACAAAACACUAACAACUAAUGUAAAGUUUCUCAUUUAGGAACAUGACAAUUUGUAAUUUGAGCUAUAAAACAUUUUUUGAACCUCGUCGAAACUUCAAGACCAAGAGCACUACUAUUAGUGAGCAAUACUCGAAAUAAUCUCCUCCCUUGAAUAAUCGCCACCUUUUGGUGCGAGAAAGAAAUAAUCGCCCCCGGCUAUUAUUCGAGGAAAUACGGUACUCUAACAAAUGGGCUGUCUGGUUGCUUAUUAACAUCAUACCCAUCAAGCCCGUUCGUGGAGGGUUAAAAAAGUUUACUUCUUUCUCUAGUUCUCUGUAUUCCUGUAAUCCCAAUGUUGCUUAUACAGGGUUCGAUUUAUACGCGCCUGGUGCUGAUGUCUGGAAGACACAGUUCAGGGCAAUUGACUGUCCCAGAGCACCUGGAAUCAAUGGUAACAUCAAGUUUAGAUUCGUAGAAAGUAACCCAUGGGCUCUGAAACUACAAACAAGAAAUUCCCGGUAGGUACUAUGUAACCUUCGUCAUGAUAUUAAACUAUUUGUAGGAUCUACCUGAUAUAUGAUCUCCGACAAAACCAACACUGACUAUCAGUUACAUCAAGGUCAUUCUGGACUUGAGUUCAGAUCGCAAUGUAUAACUCGUUAUUGGCUUAUUCUGUCUUGAAUUUCCUUCUUCCUAUCGGGAUUAGUUAUUAGUUAUUUCCAAGUCAAACAAGUGACCAAAUCCAAUGUAAAACGAGUCAGGUAUAUAAAAAAAAAAGUCGCUUCGCUCACAAUAUUACUGUUUUUUCGUUUCAAUCUAAUCCAAUCCUAGAGUGGUAACGGUUGGCCUCGAGAUACUUCAAAAUGGUAGGUGGAUUUGUUUACAAAGAACAGACGACAACUACUUUCUAAUGGGAUCACCGAACAGAGUCCAGUUCCCACUACGAGUUCGUCUGACAAGUGUUAGUGGUGAACAGGUGGAGUCAACAAUUACAGAGCUCAAAAAUGACAAAGACAUUACGUCAUCUGUACAGUUCUCUGGUUUUAUGAGGGGUAAGCCUUGUCAUAUUUGUUUUAGCUGCGAAGAAUAAGUAUAUAGUUAUUUGUUGAAGUAGCGGAAAUUAAUGGUAUAAGUUUUCUGAAUUCAAAAGGUUCCAAAAGAAUUUCCUGCUCAGGGCUACUACCAGCAAGUUGAAGUGCAGUUUUAGUCGCAAUUUUACACUAUAUAAAGUUUUUCCUCUAUUGAAUGGCAUUACCCCCUAUGUGGACAACGUAAACAAGAUAUUACACAAUUAUUAUUAUUAUUAUUAUUAUUAUUAUUAUUAUUAUUAUUAUUAUUAUUAUUAUUUAUACGUUAAGAAUUUUAAAACUGUCCACAAAGAACAUGGCAUCCGCUUAUCAUAGCAGUUGACAUCUUAAUAUCUUCACUGACAGGAAGCGAUCCGCGCACCAUCAGGUGCCAUGGCCAAGGACAAGUACAGGAUUCUCAAAAUAUCCAGCAAACAAGUAUGUCAGUCACUAGCUAUAGGAAAUACUUUUUCUCCCCUACAUGGUCCAGAGAAGGUGAAUUACGUAAGCGCGCGUAAAAAUUGCCACUCGCGAGGAAGGUGAUAGCUUAGUCACUUCCCAUACGGGUGGCGAUUUUUAUGAGCGCGCCUGCGUAAUUCGUUUGACUCAGGGCGUUUUGGAGUGACACGCGUCAACCGGAAGGGAUGCCCUAUUUCUUUUAAUAUGUCUUAGUACUACCAGAUUUGAAUUGCAAAGUGUCCUUACUCUUGUAGAGACGAUUUGUCGUAAAAUGUGGGCGAGACCACUUCUCAAGAAUGCAAAAAGACCAAUUCCGGUUGAUGUGCUUCGCUCAAAAACGUCUUUGCUUGAGCUCACUAAUAUCCUUGAGCAUGAAAAACUACCCGUAGUCUACUUACUCCUGGUAACUGUCUCUACAGGCUUUGGCAAUGGGUAGAGAGAGCACUGCGCAUGCGGCUGACUGAUAGAUCUUUUUCGUACCCAUCCUCAUAGCCAUCCUAAUUGCGCAGUUCUGUGACUAGUAAAGCUGAAAUUAGAAAUAGCGCAUGAGCAGUAAUUUUGUUUACACCAAUACCUUUUUAGUGUUACUACUAAGUUUUGCGCGCUUUCCGGAAUCAUCUCAUUCUAGUGGAAGAAUCAUUCUGCAAGGGUAAACAAGAUGGAACUUACAGCGAUCCUGACCAAUGUACUACAUAUUAUCAAUGCUCGAGUGGCUAUGCAGUGAGGAGACAUUGUCCAACAGGACAAGUGUUUAAUGAUAUUCUUAAGGCCUGUGACAGUCCAGCGGAUUUUCCAUGUCAUCAAAGAACGGUUGUGAAUACUCCCAGUCCCACCUUAGCGACAGAAAAAGAUAAGGGAGGUUCUUCUCAGAAAAGUGAGUUGAUCAGUAUUUUAUUUGCCUUACUCUUGUUUAAUUUUUUUUACGUAUGAUACCAAAAUUUGUUGUUGUUCCUCUGAUAUCUCUUUACUCAAUGGAUUAAUCAGCGAGUUUUGUUGACUGAGUUCUCAACAUUCAGUGCACUUCUGAUAUCUGUCUUCACCCUUGACUACGGAAAGCCAUGUGAGGCAAGAGAGAGCGCAGGGCAUCGGCGGACGCAAUGCACAGAAAGUCUUCGCUCCUUAGUGAUACUCUUAUUCAAUUCUAUUGUUUUGUCUUUUUUGCACAGUCUAUAUCUGCAAUCUCAAUACUGCUGUUACUUGGAUAAAUGUAGACAUAGUUAAAUGGCUUAGGCAAGCAAAUACAUAGUGAUUAUUUCAUAUUUACUUUGAUUAGUUUUUCCAAAUCAUUGAUAAAAUCAUCGAUUAGGAUGGAAUAGGAACAAGAGACUAAAGUAAUGAGUAAAAUAUAAGUCAAAGACGUGAUUAAAACCAAACUCAAAAGAACAGACAUAUGAAUAAUUAAAAUAUAACAUGUUUAUUCCGUUCCUUUCAGAUUUGUCCUCUAUGCCUUACUAUACAUGGGCCGGUUCCUGAAAGGCCGAUUAGCGUUAAUCCAGGAUUGAAAUUUUGUUCCGUUUUUGUAUUUUACAUUCCUAUGCAUUGCUAAGGGCAACAUUUUGUCAUGGUUAUCAUUACUGUAUCUCGUAGUAAGGGCUCAACUCAACAGUAUUUUGUAACCUCCAGUUUCAUGUUCUUAAACGAGAAAACCGUGCUUGAAGUUUGGCUUAAUCCUGGGUUAAACUUAAUCAUCUUUAGAGGAAACGGGCCAUGGUGUCCAAGUUUACAUAACACAAGGAGCAACUUAAUUGGCGGGCAGGACUCUUUUGAGCCCUCACAAAGAGCUAUUUAAUAUUCCAAACGGGCACACUAAAAUGAUUUUGAGGUGGUAUUGCAAACGUUUUAUUUUUUUGUUGGCAGUGAAUGAUUCCUUUUGCGAUGGCAAAUUUGAUGGUUUUUACCAGGAUCCGAACGAAUGCCAAGCGUUUUACCAAUGCUUGAGGGGAAAGGCUUCCAAGCGGUACUGUCUUAAAGGAAUGGUGUUUAAUCCUACUCUGAAGACAUGUGACACUCCAGAUAACUUUCCCUGCCGUGUCAUAGAAGGCUCUGAGCCUUCAGCGUUAGAAACUAAGAGGCCCGAGGUGAUCCCCGAUCCUCGUCAAGGAGAGCAAAGCACUCCGGGAAACGCAAUUGGGAGCUCAACUUCAGGUAUUGACAAGGCCUCGCCAGGAGCCCAUAACCCCGGAGCGUGUAACUCCAAGACUAAGCCUAUGCAACAGCAUUUUUACAUUUCAAGUUAUUUUUAACAUCACUUUUGAGCACCUUUCCCCGAGAAAAUGGAAGCACCGUUCCGUUUACGACCAUGCGUGCGCAUCUAUAGUGCGAUAAGUACAGGAAAAAGAAGUAAAUGCAAUCAAAACAUAAAAUGCUUUUUUCUGGUCUUAGCUUUUUGGUGACUGAUUUUUAAGACUUAUUUGAUAUUCAAAAUUCGAGGGAAAAUCGAUCUGAAAAUAGACAGAACGCCCGUUGCAUGGGUACAAGGGAGCCACUCGCAACCGGCCGCGAGUUAUGGGCUCCUGGCCUUGUUCGCUUAUCCCGCUUUUUCGUUGGCAUGGGGACCAUUAAUAAGCAGAGACUUCUUCUAGCACCUGAGGGGUAAAUCGUAUCAGUCCGAGUGAAGGUCAAGCCCCUUGAUGAUGUUGACGUUGAGUAAUGACGUAGUUAGCAGCACGAAUUUUGCUAAUACAUUAACCAUAUUACAACAUUAUUAAAUUUUCGGCCCAGCCACGGAGCGAAGUGAUCGGCAAAUACAGAAUGUACAGAAUGUAGCGCCACGAGCGAGGAGCAAGACGCCUUUAAAAAAGUCAUUAUUAUCUGAGAAAAUAGACCUUUUCACGUUUUUUUUUUUUCAACUUUUAACGUGGAAAAAUAAGGGAAAAUCUGUCGACUUCGCUUAAAAAAAGUGCCUUCAAAUUAGUAAAACUGCCAAGUUUGAAGGUGCUUUGUUGAAAACUAACCAAGAUAUAGCUCCUUAAAGCCGUGAAAUUUUUACAAACGUUCCAAACAAACGUCUGAAAUUUUUCGCAACUUUGCGAAUUUAUCUUAAUUCGCUCAUUUAUAAGACGUAUCACUUUCAAGCUUGGCAUGCUUGCUAAUUUUAAGGCUCUGUUUCCAGUGGUGCCGACGGAUUUUCAUACCAAAAGUUGAAACAAAAAACCGUGGAGGGGUCUAUUUGACAUCAGCCAACUGCGAAGCCUGGUGCUAAAGCAAAUAAAAGAAAGUUAAAUUAAAUAUAACAAUAUGUCUAUUGCUAUUCGGAAUCAACUAUUGAUACUAAGCAUUUAUUCAAUUUGAAUGUCGCUUAUUAGAUCCUGCAACUAGAACUGGAAGCAACUCAACAAAAAGCCCAAAUCCCAUAGAAAAUAAAAGCGAGGAACCUCAUGUGGGUAAGACAGAUGAGAGUUUUCUCUGUACAAAAUUAGCCAUUUCUCCACCAGACAUUUAUCGUUUCAGAUUCCCUUUCCCACCCUACCCCCUCCAAAAAAAAGAGUAUUCUAAAUUUGCUUGUUCGCCCUGAUUGACUGGUGGGUGUGGCUGUAAGGCAUACCGGUAAUUAGAGAUAUUUACGCUUGACUAUGAUAUAUGAUUACUUAUGAUAAUUAGUAUUUCUAUUCGCCAAAAACCUCAGGGAACCCACCUAAAGUUAAAAUGAAAAGCUUCUCAUAGAAAUUCCAACUUAAACUCACUAAGAACUGAAAAUGACCAGCGAGCACGUCCUUAGUUUCUAGCUGAUGUCGUGUGCACGCACGGUUCAGUCAAAGGUAUUUUCAAAAGUGACAGGCUGAGUAAUGCUGUGAAAGGUUUGAACCCAGGAGUCAUUUCAUAAGUAGAUUGAGUAAGUAAUAUUAACGAGACUAAUUGAUUCUUCUAUUGCAGUAGAUAAAGCUUUCUGCUUGGACAGAGCUAAUGGUAAUUACCGUGAUCCCUAUGACUGCUCAAGCUUUUACACGUGCGCACAAGGAGAAACAAUGAAGCAAAGCUGCCCCAGAGCCUUGAAAUACAACUACAACUCGGGUGAAUGUGAUUGGCCAUCAAAUGUGAAGUGCAUCCGUCAGUCGCUUUUUAAAGCUUGGAUUCGCAAUGCUAAGACGGGUGCCCCGUCCAACGAAGAUCUAGUCAUCCAUGGUUCUAUCACCAGGGUAACUGCGGUUGCCAGGCAACACAUCAACCAUAAACCAGACGACGAAAUAAUAAUAGUGAGUGAAAACGACAACAGAAAAAAGUGA